AUGACAGUAACAGCCAGGUCUUCGUCUCGCUCUUCAUCCUACACAGGCUCUGGGUCGUCUCGUUCCCGCAGCCGCUCUUCUUCAUUCAGCUCCUACUCUAGCCACUCCUCUCAGCGGAGCUCCUUCAGUGGCAGCCGCUCUAGGUCUCGAUCAUUCUCCACAUCUCCCUCACCGAGUCCAGCACAAAGGAAUGCUAAGAACAAAACAGACCUUCCUCCUGUGAUAGCUAAAGGUAUGCCGCUGAAGCCGGGUGCCAUGCCCCCUCCUCGCAGGGACAAGCCUCCCAUAAAGAAAGCUCCCAGUCCUCCUCCACCUGGUGUACUGCAGUCCAGGCCUUCCAAAGCCUUGCCAGAGGGAGGGAAGCCUCCCACCAAUCCCCGGGAGCCUGGAGGUGCAAGUGGCGGGGCAGGUGGUGGUGGAGCGGGGAGACCUUUGCCACCACGGGAACCUGGAAAACCUCCCACCCCAAGGGAAGACAGACGGAAAGAACGGCAGCAGCAUCCUCGUCGGAGGCGAACUGUGAGUGGGAGUGUUAGUGGAAGUGGUAGCAGUUAUACUGGUUCUAGCUCCAGAUCCAGAUCCUCCUCCAACUCCCUCUCACACUCUGGAUCCAGAAAAUCCAGGAAAUCCAGAUCGCUGAGUGUGAGCAGUGUUUCAUCCGUGUCAUCAGCAUCUUCUAGCAGCAGCUCGGUGCGUAGCGCAGACUCAGAUGACAUGUAUGCUGACCUGGCCAGCCCUGUGUCCUCUGCCAGCUCCCGCUCUCCUGCACCAAAUCACCCCCGCAAGGAGCGAGGGGCAGCACGGGACAGGCCUCCACAUGGCAGAGACAAGAACUGGGAGAGACCAUCAAAGAAAGAUGAACCCUUCAGGGAGGACCGCAGGAAGAUCGACCCAUCUGGAGCCCCACCUAGAGGAGGCAACCCCAUACCCAGAUCAGGACCUGGUAGCAGGGGUGGCCACCCUGUGCAUCCCCCACCCGGCACCAUGGGCCCCCCAGGAAGCUAUGGAGGUUCAGGUUCCCACAAAGAUAUCAAACUCACCCUCCUCAACAAGGGAGAUAAGGGCAACAGGAAGAGGUACCUACCUUCAGACAAAGACAGGCCAGGUUCCCCCCUCAGCAAGAGAAUGACCAUGUCUCCAGACAGAGGCCGCGAUAAGAGGAUACCUGGCCGGCCCCCGCUCUCCCCUCGAAUGGACCGGCCCAGAGGCCAAGGGCCCCGACCCAUGCCCCCCCAGGGAGACAGAAAACGUCCUCUGUCGCCACCCCUCAAGUCAUCUGGGAAAGGCCCAGCAGCGCCAUCGGGCAAGCCGGCUGCCCCGAGCUUUGCUUCAGCCACUGGCUCAGGCUCCAGUUCAGGCUCAGGCUCCAGCAAACCCAGCAACACACUGUCCCGCCGUGAGGAGCUGCUGAAACAGCUGAAGGCCGUGGAGGACGCCAUCGCCCGGAAACGAGCAAAGAUCCCUGCCAAAUAAACAGAAGCCUGCUCCUCGCCUGUUCGCCUGCCAGUCUGUCUGCCUGCCUGCCUGUGCGGCCUCGUGAGCCGGGGCAACAGUGAAGGUCAUGGGAUGGAGCGUUUUUUCCCUGCCUUCAAUGGACAUGUAAAAAUGUUGUUUGGUUCAUGUAUAAAGGCUAUUGUGUAAGUGAACAGGAAGUGGCAGCCACGAAAAUCAUCUUCUGCUUAUUUGCCCUGAGAGGUUUGGCUCUGCUCCAUUCUAGAGUGUUAUUCACUCCCACAUGCCCGACUUUAGCUCCCCUUAAAAGUCUUUGAAUGUCUCGGCUGCAGUUUACCUCAUCAACGAGAAACAGGAGGAGACUUUACAGUACAGAAACAGAAGGGUAGUAAGGUGAACUUAAUCACUUGCUGCUUACUCUGUUCCUUCAGUGAAAAGGAUGCAUCUCCCUCAUGUGGUGUGAUGAAUAACAAAUUUAUAUACAUUGAAUCUCCUACUUUUGUCUGUUUUUCUCUGCCCCUUUUAUCAUCUUGUUCUCUCACAUCUUUUCUUUUUUUUCCUCUGUGUGGAGUGGUGUGACCAUUGGGUCAGCUCUACGGGGUACUGACAGCAUACAGGGCUUCACAACGCUUCUUUGUAUAAAUCUACAAAUUAUUGAGCAUCUAUAUUUGGGCCCCUGUAAGCGAUCACGAGCCCAUGCUUUGUUCAAAGCAGGCCCAUCUUUAACCAAUGACUCGUCUGCGUUCCGUGUUUUAGGGCAGUGUUCAGUCACACCUUGUACAAUACUAGCAAGUCAUCAGAUUCUUUCAAGCAUAUGAUUAUAGACAACAGUGAUGUGAAGUAUUGCUUUUUUUUUAUCUACAGCAUUUUGUUUUCUUCUUAGCUCUUCUGAAGUGAUAAACCAAUGUAUUUGUGUCACAUUUUAGUUGGAGGAGUAUGAGAGGUGGAACAGGGACAUUUAGAGACAAGAUAUGUCUUGCUUUUGUGACAAAAGCCUUCUAAAUAAACUAUUUUGAUAAAGAGGA